GUCAACAUGCACUGAUGCUCGUACACAUGCAUGCACAAGCGUCACUGCAGGCUACACAAGUGUCACCAAAGCAGCACAACAACACUAACAAAUUGCCACAAGUGACCGGCACGAUGGAUGGACAACACAAAGACCGCAGAAUGACUCACUUGUGGAUAUUGACGUUCUUGAUAUCGGUCUAAUCUCUUUACUUGCACUGGAUACCUUUUGUUUUUUGGAGCUGGAUCUUCUACUUCGGGAUUAUAUUUAUUAUUUUGGCGGAUCUUCCUCCGGCGCAUUUUGGACUAAGCCUACACUUCCAAGGAUACGCACAUCAAGUUCUAAAGGAUGGCCGUUUGGUUCACAUCUAUCCUUGCAAUAGUUGUACCAUGUUUUACUCAGGUUGUAGGAUCAGGUGUGUUCGAGAUCGAUCUGCAUCACUUUGACAAUUCCAAAGGUUUGCUGGCCAAUGGAAGGAGCUGCAGUAUGACAGGCUGCAGGACUUUUUUCACGGUUUGUUUGAAGAACUUCCAAACGGUGGUGUCUCCUGGAGGUUGUCUGUUUGGCAAAGCCCAUACACCUGUUUUGGGCACCGACUCCUUCAGCAUGCUGCCGGACACCAGGCUGCGUUUGCCCCUCAACUUCACAUGGCCGGGUGCUUUCUCUCUCAUUAUUGAAGCCUGGCAUUCAGAGACGACAGAGGAGCCUGGAGAUACCACCAACCCUGAAUUGUUGAUUGGCUCUUUUGCCAUCCAAAGACAGUUGGGAAUAGGGAAUGAGUGGUCCCAGGAUGUGCAGAGCAGGACGCAGACGGAGCUAAGGUACUCAUACCGCUUCAUCUGCAAUGACAAUUACUACGGGGACACUUGUUCCAAAAUAUGCGCUCCGAGAGACGACCUUUUUGGCCACUACACCUGCAAGCCUGACGGGCAAAUAGCGUGUCUGCCAGGAUGGAAGGGACAAUACUGCCAAGAACCAAUCUGUCUUGAAGGAUGCAAUGAAAGUAAUGGGAACUGCACAUUACCCGGAGAAUGCAAAUGCAGAGAAGGCUGGCAGGGUGUCUUUUGUGAUGUGUGUAAACUUCAUCCAUCGUGUAAACAUGGUACCUGCACAGAGCCGUGGCAGUGCUCCUGUAAAGAAGGCUGGGGAGGCAUAUUUUGUGACCAAGAUCUGAACUACUGUACUCAUCACAAGCCGUGCGCCAACGGGGCCACGUGCAUGAACACGGGCCAGGGCAGCUACACCUGCGCCUGCUUGCCGGGCUUCACCGGGGUCAACUGUGACUCUGAGGUCAGAGAGUGUGACAGACGGCCGUGUCGCAACGGAGGCAACUGCUUAGAGACAGAGAGUGGCUACAGGUGUGAAUGCCAGCGAGGUUUUGCCGGGGCACACUGUGAACAAAAGACGCUGACGUGCACGGACGCGCCCUGCUUGCUUGGCGGCAAGUGCAAAGAGACGGAAAAUGGUCAUAGUUACGUUUGCGAGUGUCCGGCAGGGUACACUGGGCUCAACUGUGAGAAGAAAGUGGAUAAAUGCACCUCCCUGCGGUGCACCAACGGCGGACACUGCGUGAUGCACAGCAACCUACGCGUGUGUAGCUGUCGCGCUGGUUUCACAGGCCUACGCUGCGAGAUCAACAUCAAUGAGUGCGCCAGGAACCCCUGCGCCAAUGGCUCCACUUGCGUAGACCGCAUCAAUGACUACACCUGCACCUGUCUGCCGGGGUACACCGGACGCCACUGCGACAAACCGACAGACCGCUGCACCUCCUGGAUCUGCCACAACGGUGGCACCUGCACCAUCAGCGCCAAAGGCCAGCCUUCUUGCGUCUGCCUCACCCACUACAGCGGCCCUGAAUGCCUCUCCACGCACGUGCCUUCAUCCAACAGCCCUAACACAGGCUGGGAGUCCAGCGAGAAGCUCAGCUGGGUGGCCAUCAUCUUGGGCGUUGGCUUGAUGGUGGCUCUGGCACUCUCCUGCAUGUUUAUUGUGGUCAUGCAUCAGGUGAAGAAGCAGAGAAGCAAACAGCAGGCCUCUGAGACUAUGAACAACCUCUCCAAGGCAGACUUCCAGAAAGAGAACCUUAUAUCCACAUUGGAGCUGAAGAACACCAAUAAGAUGAUGGAUUUGGAGGUAGACUGCUCCAGCGAGAAGUUGAACCACAAAUACAUGAACCAUUUCCAUGUGGACUAUAAAACCUCCACGAGGUACAAAGAUGAACAAUCCCUCUUGGACAAAGAUGAAAACUGUGAAAAGAUGAUAGAAGAUAAAAAGCAUCUGAGUAGAAUGUACAGUGAAAGGCCAGAAUGCAGGAUAUCAACGAUAUGUUCUUCCAGAGAGUCAAUGUACCAGUCUGUCUUUAUGAUGGCAGAGGAGAAACAUGAAUGCAUCAUUGCAACUGAGGUGUAAUAAAUGGAAGACGUGACCAUCAUUCCUUGUUGUGGACUGUUUACAAGCGUGGAGAGACUGGGAUUUAUUUAAAUGCAAAGUUGCUGCUCUUGAAAACUUGAUAACUGGAUGGAGCCCGAGCGCUCCUCAGAUGCAAUAGAACUAAAGCAAACUAAAUCUUUGGAAGAAUGUAAAGACAUUGCGACAGACCAACGUGCAUCCGGAUAUUUGUUGUGACUUCAAUCCUACUAUCUGGGUUCAUCCAAGGACAUCAGGCCUGGAUACUCAUGCUCGCAUGUUAACAAGGACAAAGUUGUUGAUGGCUUCCCUUCGGCCUAUUGCAGGAACCAACACAUCGACAUUCUUGUGACAAGCCUGCAGGACAAGUCAGCUUUUGCCAUUUCUUUCAUGGCCUGUGACGUGAAUAAACAAACAAAAACAAAAAACUGCAUAGCACUCGGUGGAAAACCUGCUGAAAACGGUUCAUUUUUUGGUUGUCACAGAAUGUCCAGAUCACAGAGCCUUAGAUUAUACUUAAGCAAAACAUUGUGCUCCCCCCACCUUAUCCUGUCAUAAUUCCUUUGCACAGAAGAAAAACAAGCAAAGCGAUGCAACGCUAUCAUCAUAUGCAGGGAAACUCAGAAUAAGGCCUUGUUAACUUUUUAAUCUUAUGCAAAAAUCAUACUUAAGAACAAGUAAGUGACUAUUGUACCAAGGACGCCUUUAAUGGAAAUUACUGAACCAAUAAUGUAAUUUUAGUAUUUCAUUAAUUAUUUAAGAAUAUGACGCACUGAUCUGUCAUAUAUAUGUUAUAUAUGUAUAUAUAUAUAUAUAUAUAUAUAUAUAUAUAUAUAUAUAUACACGAUUAUUUUGUACAUAGUGUAUAUUUAUAUGUUGAAAUUAGAAGUAUGUUUGGUAAGUUGAUGCACCAAAAGUGUAAAUUAAUUUUAAAGUGUUUUUUUUUUGUUGGUGUUUAAUUAUUAUUAUUGUUGCUGUUACUAUAUAAGGAAAGAAACCCUGAAUACAUAUGUGGUACACUGCUUAUCUGUUGGUGAAAUAGAGACUAGAACAGGGGUUUUCAAAGUCGGAAAACUUCAGUGGAGGUGCAGUGGCUUGAGAAAAAUAACGAAAAAGAAACUUUUCACUUAUGUCAAAAGCAAAAUGAAUUGAUUUUUAUUUUCUACAUUCAGGUGUACACAAAAUAUGCCCCGGAAUAUCUGUUUUUUCGGGUAGUAAGGGAGGCCCCCGCCUUAUUAUAUUCUCUGAUGGGAGGCUCACUGUGCUCCACUUUGAAAACUCCUAAUCUAGAGUCUAUUUAGUAGCAUUUCUAUGGGUUCCAUAUCUGUGUUUUCAUGACAUCUAUGUGAGUGUGAUGUGAAAUCAGUGUGCAAGCAAUCAUCAUUCAGUGGACUCCACAAUAAUUGGCAGCAAUGUAAAGAUUUACUUAAUCAAUUAUGAAUAUAAAUAUACAUAUAGAUAUAUACAUUUUUUUAAAAAUUGUAUGCAGAAAUAAAUCAUCAAUGUGGUCUUUCAAA